CAAUCAUUCUUGUUCCUUCCUGUUUUUGCUUCCCUCCAUUGGUUUUCUAUUCUCCUCUUUAAAGGGAUUCUUAUGGUUUGGAAUCUCUUCUGGACUGAUAUACUGUUAUGGGUCUCAAAUCAAUGGUACAGUGUUGAAGAUUUUUCUGAUUGCUAAUGGAGUACUAAACGGAUUGCAGCUUUUUGGUUUCCUAAUCAAAUGAUUAGUGAAUAGAAAGUAUGAGCUCUAGAUCAACUCAAUUUGCUAAUCCAGGAAGCAUGGCUAUAUAUGAGCCUAUCCACCAUGUUGGCAUGUGGGAGAGCACAUUUAAUCGCGAGAAUAUCCCAAACACGACAGUUGUUUGUAUAAAUGCACAAGUUGAUGCAAAACUAGACAACAAGUCAGAAUAUACGUCUUAUGACUCAGUAGGCCCUUCGGGAAACAAUCAAGAAACCAACAAAAUGUCCGAGAAGGUACAACGACGUCUAGCACAGAAUCGUGAAGCUGCCCGUAAAAGCCGUUUGCGAAAGAAGGCCUAUGUUCAGCAAUUGGAAACAUAUCGUUUGAAGUUAACGCAGUUGGAGCAGGAACUUGCUAGCGUUAGACAGCAGGGUGUGUAUAUCGGGGGAGCACUAAACACUGGUCAUGUAGGAUUGUCUGGACCUGUAAACUCAGCUGUUACUUCAUUUGAGAUGGAGUAUGGACACUGGAUUGAAGAGCAACAAAAGCACAAUUGUGAACUAAGAAAGGUAUUGCAAGGUCAUAUAAGCGACGUAGAGCUCCGUAUACUUGUGGACUCUGUUUUGAGUCAUUACUGCGAUCUCUUCCGCAUGAAAGCAGAUGCUGCAAAGGCUGAUGUCUUCUAUGUGAUGUCUGGCAUAUGGAGAACAUCAGUUGAGCGCUUUUUCCUUUGGCUCGGAGGAUUCCGCCCAUCGGAACUUCUAAAUGUUUUAAUGCCUCAACUUGAGAACUUGACCGAUCCACAAGUUGUGGCUGUUGGUAACCUGCGACUAUCAUCUCAGCAAGCUGAAGAAGCUCUCUCACAGGGAAUAGAUAGACUUCAGCAGACAUUGGCCCAGGGCAUUUCAGCUGAUUUCACUGAUGUGGGAAAUCAUGGUAUUCAGAUGAUUUCUGUAAUGGAGAAGUUGGAUGCAUUGGAGAACUUUGUGAACCAGGCCGAUCACCUUCGCCAACAAACUCUGCAGCAAAUGUCUCGCAUCUUAACAAUCCGCCAAGCAGCUCGAGGCUUGCUUGCCUUGGGAGAGUACUUUCACCGACUUCGCGCUCUUAGCUCACUUUGGGCUGCUCGUCCCCGUGAACAACCUCCUGCCUACAAUUUUUAGGAUCUCAUCGUUAGCAUCAUCGGAUUUGCAGAGUAUAUAUAUAUAUAUAUAUAUAUAUAUAUAUAUAUAUAUAUAUAUAUAUAUAUAUAUAUUCGUAGUUGUAUCUUACGUUCAUGUAUUGCAGACUUACAUUAUAAUCUGUUUAUAUGUGUAAGGUAGCUUCUCAAGUUUGUAGAUGUGAAUCAUAAUAGUGUUUCCAUGUAUGUAGGUAGAGGAGAUCAAAUUGAAGUUUUAUAUGGAAUUCCCCUGUUGUAAAAUGAAGUGUAUUGAAGGGAUCGGUAACACUUCAUGUAGAAUUCAGGCUUCAGAUAUAGUGGAUUAUGGAUAUAUGCUAUUUCUCGUGUAAUGUUGAGAUAAUACUUGGUUU